GCCCGCCGUAGGCCGCUGCCCCCCGCGCAUGCGGAGUAGCGGUGCCGCAGCGGGAGCGCGGCCGGCGGCGCGGAAGGACCUUGGUGGGCAGUGAGAAAAUCCAGUCACCAUGUCGGCUGCACUGUUGCCAAAGCCCCAGAUGCGGGGCCUUUUGGCCAGGAGGAUGAAGUUUCACCUCCUUGGGGCAUUUCUGGUGUCUAUGGGAUCUGCAGUUUUGUACAAGUUUGGAGUUGCUGAACCCAGGAAACAAGCUUAUGCAGACUUCUAUAGAAACUAUGAUCCUAUGAAGGACUUUGAAGCCAUGAAGGCAGCUGGUGUGCUUGAGAGUACACAGUGCAAGUGUUGGUAAGCUGCAUCUGCUUAUUCAGAUUCCCUUCAUUUCAAGAAGACUUGAUGACUGAACCUUGUUUGUUCACUGAAGUGUAAAGUGCAAUGCACCACAGUGCAUGGCACGCUUUAAUGCAACUCAAUAAAUAAAAUACAUAUGUCAGUGA